AAUUUUUGAAAGCAGCCUCCGUCACGACUUCGGAUUGGGCGCCAUGCUCGAAGGCAUGAAUCCCAUUCUCAUACGCACAUUACUCUUCUCUGCCGUCCUACUCCGGCCAUCGCCACCUCGUCGCUGCCGUCUAGCAACCAUGACCACCAACCAGAGCUGCGGCGCCACCGAAUUGGACGCUAUCUUCGCUCAGAAAAAGGCUCUUCGUUCCAAACUCAGAAGAGAUAUCAAGUUCAUGGAUCCCUUCCUCAGGUCCCAAGAAGAUGAAGAAAUACAGAAUGCAGUUCUGAAAGCUUCAUGGUUUAAAGAUUGUAAGAGACUUUGUGCUUACAUUAGUUGUAGUGCCCUCAGAGAAGUUGAUACUUCUACCAUACUGUCAGAAAUUCUUCAGACGCAGGCCACAGAUCAAAAGAAGCUUUAUGUUCCACGUGUAGAGGAUAAGAACAGAAAUAUGCGAAUGUUGAAUAUCUCGAGCACUCAAGAUUUAAUUGCAAAUUCAAUGAACAUUUUGGAACCAGGUCUGGUAGAUGCUGAGGGAAAUGAACGUGAAGAUGUGUUAUUAGCUAAUGAACCAGUUGACUUGCUCCUUUUGCCAGGACUUGGAUUUGAUAAAGCUGGAAACCGUUUAGGCAGGGGUGGGGGCUACUAUGACACUUUCUUGACAAAAUAUCAAGAGCAGGCGAAGGGGCAGAAGUGGAAGCAAUCCCUCAAGGUUGGUCUCUCAUAUUCUGUGCAGCUAGUUGAUACCAUACCUGUAACUCCAGAUGAUGUUCUUGUAGACGCCCUAGUAACACCUAAAGGAUUUCUCCCUAUUAGUCAAGCAGCCCAGGAGUUUUGCGUUUAAUUAAUUAUGGCCCAGGAAGCUGUGAAUUGUACUUUAACAAUAAGGGUUGAUUUGACAUGGAGGAAGAACAGUCACAAUCUUGGUUGUCACAAGACAAUAAUAGACCAACUGUUAAGAACUCAAAAUUGAUUGUAC